GCCAUGUCCUCUGGGGCCAGCGCGAGCGCCCUGAAGCGCCUGGUGGAGCAGCUCAAGUUGGAAGCUGGCGUGGAGCACAUCAAGGUCUCUCAGGCGGCCGCAGAGCUUCAGCAGUACUGCAUGCAGAAUGCCUGCACGGAUGCCCUGCUGGUGGGCGUUCCAGCUGGAAGCAACCCCUUCCGGGAGCCCAGAUCCUGUGCUUUACUCUGAAGACUCUAGGGGAGAAGUUCUCUGAGGAAUGCCUUCAAGUACAAAGUGAUGAAUGACUGCCUCCAAGUCUCAAGAAAACACU